AUGUCAUUUCUUCUUCCAUGGUUAGCUUACUAUUCAUUUGUUGCCAUCUUGCUAGGGAUUGGAUUAUUAGGGCAACUAGGUGUAGAUGGCCAGGUCUAUAAGUUGUACGGCCAAAAGAAAUUGGCUACUUACACCAUCACCGUAGAUCAAUCCGGCCAAGGAAACUUCACCAAAAUACAAUCUGCCAUUGAUGCUGUUCCUUCAAACAACAAGCAUUGGGUUUGCAUCAAGAUCUCCGCCGGCACCUAUAGGGAGAAGGUGAAAAUCCCUUUUGAUAAGCCGUACAUACUUCUGAAAGGAGAAAACAAGCGACAAACACAAAUUGUUUGGGAUGAUAUUGGCCCUGUUGACAAAAGUGCCACUUUCACUUCUGAAGCCCCUAGUAUCACUGUCAAAUCCAUCACUUUUGCUAAUUCAUACAACAAUCCUUUUAAUAGCAAUCGUCAAAUUACACAAGCAUUGGCAGCGAUGAUAAGUGGUGACAAAACUUCCUUCUAUAAAUGUGGAUUCUUUGGGUUUCAAGACACUUUGUGGGCGGUUGAAGGACGCCACUUUUACAAGCAUUGCACUAUCCAAGGUGCUAUUGAUUUUAUCUUUGGCCAUGCCCAGGCCAUUUUCCAGGGAUGCUCCAUAUCAGUGGUUGCGGGAAAUCUGCAGCCCGGUGGGAUAGGAUACAUCACAGCACAGGGGAGAGAACAGCCAAAUGAACCUGGUGCUUUUAUUUUCAAGAAUUGCAGGGUGCAUGGUACUGGUUUAACCUAUUUGGGAAGGGCAUGGAGACUGUACUCGAGGGUCAUUUUCUACGAUUCCAACUUAUCAGACAUUGUAGUCCCUCAGGGUUGGGAUGGUUGGCAGGCUCUUGGCCAUGAGGACCAAUUGACAUUUGCCGAGUAUGGGUGCUAUGGUCCAGGAGCCGACACUUCGAAGCGUGUGAGUUGGGAAAAGAAGCUUAGCCCUAAUAUCGUGCAACAGUUUACUAGCUUGAAUUUCAUUGAUUCUGAUGGAUGGCUCAUUGACCAGCCUUUCUAA